CCCGCUCCUCCCCUCUGCCUCAAGUCAAAACACGUCGCCGUGGCCCUGGCGCAGCAGAGCCGGCAGCGGCGUGAGCGCCCAGGGUCCCGGCCUGGCAUGGGGGAGGUGAGCGACACCGACAGCGGGAUCAUGCUGCACUCGGGCCCCGACAGCCCCGUGUCAGCCCCGAAGGAGCGGGCGCAGGCGGGGCGGCGGCGGCAGCAGGCGCUGGAGGCGCGGCUGGACGGCUGCGUGCAGGAGCUGCGGCGGCUCUGCCUGCGGGAGGCGGAGCUGACGGGGACGUUGCCCCGCGAGUACCCCCUGAAAGCCGACGAGAAGCCUCCCAAGGUCCGGCGCAGGAUCGGUGCUGCUUUCAAGCUGGAUGAGACCCUCGUCCUGCGCGGGGCGGACCCGCUGAGCGCCCUGGAGCGCGACCUGGCGCUGCAGCUGCAGAUCGCCAAAGCCGCCCGACGGCUGUGCCGGGAGGAGAACAUCAGCAAGCGGCUGCGCAAGCGGCGGCAGACGGCGGCUCUGCAGGAGGAGCAGAAGCUCAAGGACCUGGAGAACAUCCUCAACCAACGACGGGUCCUGGCCGGCCGACGGCCCCUGCCCACCGGCUCCACUGCUGCCGAGGAGCUCAGCGGCUCCGACGACAGCUCCCUGUCAGACGCCGUCCCACUGGAGGAGGAGGAUACGCGGUCACCGGAGCCCACCGAGGAGGAGGAGGAGGAGGAGGAGGAGGAGGGCUCCGGGUCCCCGCCGCCCCCCGCCAGCCCCUGGCAGGAAACCAGCCUGGACAGACCCUACGAGAAAGCAAAACCACCCGGCGUGGAUCCCGGGGAUGGGGAAACCCGGAGCUCCCGCUGCUAUCCCGGCUCCCCACCGGCCCCCCCCGUCACCCCCUCAGCCCCCAGGAGCCCCCCAGCCUCGCGGGGGGCUCGGGAUGUCCCUCCCUACCGCUUCGUCCCCGUCAGGACCCUGGUGCUGUGCCGGCAGGCGGGGACCAGCGCUCCCAGUACCCCGGAGCUGGCAGGCAGGCGAGGGCAGAGCCAGUCCCUGAGGGUGGAAGGGUGCUGGCAGCCGGCCGAGCCCCGGGGCCGCAGCGCCGUCCCCCGCCGGCGCCCAACCUACUACACCGUGACGGUUCCCACCUCCUGUGUGCCCGCCCCCGGCCCCGCGCGCCUCUCCGGCUCCGACGACAGCAUCUCCGACCUGUCCAGCGUCUCCCACGCCACGUCCCCCGGCAGCAGCAGCCCCGACGUCUCCUUCCCGCGCCCUCCGGUCCCGCUGCCCCUCGCCGAACCCUCUUUCUACCCUCGGGGCGCCCAUCGCUUUCUGCUGCCCGCCGGCCCCGUGACUUUCCUCUACGAGCAGGAUUUGGCCCCGUUACGCUACCAGCGCCUCGUGCCCUCCCACAGCCGCAUCGUUCGCACCCCCUCGCUCAAGGACUAUGCCCCGGGGGGGUCCCGGGGACUCUCCAAGGCGGCCGUCACCGAGGAGCUCAAGUCGUGGCACCAACGUGCCCGGCUGCGGGGUGCCCGUCCCCACUCCCUCGACCGACAAGGGGCCUUUCGGGGUCCCCGCGGGGGCACUGCCAGGGAUGUGCCCGUCGCCCGUGGGGUCGUGUCACUGGCUCAGGGCCCCCCGUUGCAGGUGCUGCGGCGCUCCCCGGACACGGUGCCUGUGCAGCUCUACGUGCCUGAGAACGGCGAGAUCAUCACACAAGUGUAAGAGUGGACCCCCCCUCUGCCCCCCCAACACACCCCUCCGGGGUGGGGGGGCGCAGCCUGGCUGGCCCAGGGACAGUGGGGACACCAGCCUGUCCCACACCCCCCCCAUCUCAGUGUUGGGGACGUGGGUGGGGGUGCAGCUGACCCCCCAACACCCUUGGUGUGUGUGUGGGGGUGGGACAGAGUGGCCGGGGCUGGUCCCCCCCUGCCGUGUCCGCUCACCCUCACUGUGACCCCAGCCUUUG